AUGUUAACCGAAACAAUGAAUCACCUCAAUGCCAAUUUUUCAGUUUAUUUCGCAGUCGCAGCUGCUUCAUUGGCUGCAGGUUACUACUUAGGUCAAAUACUGCCUUCUGCUUCCAAGAAGGAACAUGUACAAGAGAUUUUAAGACAAUGCAAACAAAGAGCAGAAUCUGAAGAUGAUGACAUUGAAGAAUCUGAUGAGGAGGAGGAAGAGGAAGAUUCGGACGAAGACUAUGAGAUUGAUUCCGUUAGUUUAAAUGACGUUCCCGGUGAAGUUAGAAUGGCAUUGGUUAUUAGACAAGAUUUAGGAAUGCAAAAAGGUAAAACGGCGGCCCAGUGUGCUCAUGCAGCAUUGGGAUGUUUUCGUAUGAUUGCGUGUGAUCCAAACCGCAAAUCUUAUAACCCAUCCAUGGUCAACAGAUGGUUAAGGGGAGGUCAAGCAAAGAUUACUCUCAAAUGCCCCGACGAGAGCACCAUGGAUGAGUUAUACGCCUUAGCAAUUGCAUUGGGGGUCAAUGCCUGCGUCAUACAUGAUGCCGGUAGAACUCAAAUCGCUGCCGGCAGUGCAACUGUCUUGGGGUUGGGACCUGCCCCCAAGGCGGUACUGGAUCAAAUAACCGGUGAGUUGAAACUAUACUGA